CUGGACUACUGCUUCGGAAGUUGUUGAUUUCCAUCCUGGAUGCUGGGAGACCCCACGGCAGCCACACGAGUUGUUGAGCAGACAUCCAGGUCCCUACUGAACCAGGGUCCCACAGGAGCAUGGAUAAGGGCCCCAUGGCACCUCUCUUUGGGAGCUCCGAGAGCCCCACGCACACCCCCUGCAGGUGCCAUGACUCAGCAGCCGCAGGAGGGCUUCGCCAGGAGCAUGGGGGCUGCCCAGGAGUGGAUGAAGGCUGUGCAGAAGCGGCUGCAGAUCAAUGACAACACCCAGGGGCCCCGCGCAGCCCUGGAGGCCAGGCUGCGGGAGACCGAGAAAAUAUGCCAGCUAGAGCCAGAGGGCCGCAUGAAGGUGGACAUGGUGCUGCGGGCGGCCGAAGCCCUCCUGGCAUGCUGCCAAGAGGACCAGAAGCCCGCGAUCCUGGCCCGGCUGAGGGACGUCAAAGCCCAGUGGGAGGAGACGGUCACCUACAUGACCCACUGUCACAGCCGUAUUGAGUGGGUGUGGCUGCACUGGAGUGAGUACCUGCUGGCCCGGGAUGAGUUCUACCGCUGGUUCCAGAAGAUGACGGUGGUGCUCGAGCCCCCGGUGGAGCUGCAGCUGGGCCUGAAGGAGAAGCGCUGGCAGCUGAGCCACGCCCAGGUGCUGCUUCAGAACGUGGACAAUCAGGCCGUGCUCCUGGACCGGCUGCUGGAGGAGGCGGCCUCCCUGUUCAACAGGAUCGGGGACCCCAGCGUGGACGAAGACGCGCAGAGGAAGAUGAAGGCCGAGUACGACGCGGUGAAGACCAAAGCCCAGAACAGGGUGGACCUGCUGGAGCACGUGACCCAGGAGCAUGAGCAUUUCCAGGUGAGCGUGGAUGAGUUCCAGCUGUGGCUGAAGGCCGUGGUGGAGCGGGUGCAUGGCUGCAUGGGGCGCAAGUGCCAGCUGAGCACCAAGGACCGUCUCUCGGCGCUGCAGGACAUCGCCAGUGACUUUCCCAGGGCUGAGGAGUCUUUGAAGAGGCUGGAGGAGCAGGCCGGGGGGGUCAUCCACAACACCUCCCCUUUGGGCGCAGAGAAGAUCACCAAAGAACUGGAGGAGAUGCGGAAUGUUCUGGAGAAGCUGCGUGCACUCUGGGAGGAGGAGGAGGGGCGGCUGCAGGGCCUGCUCUGGUCCAGGGGAGCCUAUGAGCAACAGAGGAGGCAGCUGGAGGCUGAGCUGGCAGAGUUCAGGAAGGGCCUUCAGAGGUUGGCGGAGGAGGACCUGGAACCCGCGGCCAAAGCAGGGACCCAGGACGAGCUGGUGGCCCGCUGGAGACUCUACUCGGCCACGCGGGCGGCGCUGGCCGCGGAGGAGCCUCGGGUGGACAGGCUGCAGGCCCGGCUGAAGGAGCUCAUCGUGUUCCCCGAGGACCCGCAGCCCCUCGCGGACAGUGUGGUCGCUGCCAUCCAGGAGCACCAGAGCAUGAAGGCCAAGAGCAGCAGGCUGCGCAACGCCGCGGGCGUGGACCUGUGGCGGCAUUUCCAGCGGCCUCUGCAGGAGCUGCAUCUGUGGAGGGCUCUGGCCCAGAGGAUCGUGGAUGUCACCGCCAGCCUGCCAGACCUGCCCUCCGUCCACACCUUCCUGCCGCAGAUUGAGGUGGCCCUGGCGGAAAGCUCCCACCUGAAGGAGGAGCUGACGAUGCUGCAGCUGAAGAAAGACCUGCUGGGCGGCAUCUUUGGCCAGGAGAGAGCCACGGCCCUGCUGGAGCAGGUGGCAACUUCCGUGAGGGACAGAGACUUACUGCACAACCGCCUUCUGCAAAGGAAGAGCAAACUGCAGAGCUCACUCGCUCAACACAAAGAUUUCGGAGCGGCUUUUGAUCCCCUGCAGAGAAGGCUCUCAGAUCUCCAAAUCAGGGUCCAGGCUGAGAAUGGGCUUCAGCGGGACCUUCCUGGGAAACAGGCCCAGCUUUCGAGGUUGCAGGGGCUACAGGAGGAGGGGCUGGACCUGGGGGUGCAGGUGGAGGCCAUGAGGCCUCUCGUCCAGGGGAACUCCCACCACCAGCACAGAAUGGACCAGCUCUCCUCUGACCACCAGACCCUGCACAGGUCUCUGGAGGACCUUGUGGACACGUGCCAGCAGAGCGUGCGGGAACAUUGCACCUUCAGCCACGAAGUUCUGGAGCUGCGACAGUGGAUCUCCUUGCUCACGCAGAAGCUGGAGGCCCACCGCGUGGACACGGGCCCAUGGGAUGCCCAGUCCCGAGAGGUCGAUGUUGAGAAGCUGCUGGACGAAUUCCCGGGGAAGGAGGCCCAGCUGCCCCUGAUUGAAGCGCGCGGCCGGCUGGUGAUGGAGAAGUCUUCUCCGGAGGGGGCUGCUGCGGUCCAGAAGGAGCUGCAGGAGCUGGUGGCGUCUUGGGGGGCCCUGAGGCUGCUGGGGGAAAGCCUGCUGAGCCUCAUCAGAAACCAGCAGCUGCAGAGGAUGGAAGUGGAUUUGGGGAAGAAAAUGAUUUUCACCAACAACAUCCCAAAGACUGGGUUUCUCAUCACCCCCACGGAUCUUACUUUCCGACACCACCGUCAGACAAAUGUGCUUCAGGAGGAGGAAGGCAGCUGUGAAGAUUUCUCCCAGCUCCUGAGGAACUUUGAGCACCGGUUGCAGGUGGAUAAUUCCAAGUUGGUUAGAAUCAUCGCCAUGAGAACUGCCACCACCAAGGACCUGAGGACCAGAGAAACAAAACUACAGGAGCUGGAGGCUCGGGUACCAGAAGGUCAGCAUCUCUUUGAAAACCUCCUUCGUCUCAGGCCAGCAAGGGGGUCCUCAGAUAAGCUGGAGGAUCUGCGCUACCGGUGGAUGCUCUACAAGUCCAAACUAAAGGACUCCAGCCACCUGCUUACGCAGAGUUCUCCAGGGGAGCCGACUGGAUUCCAAAAGUGUUUUUGUCCAGUGGGAUCUUGUGGCAUUUUGGCCUUGGUCUGCAGUCAGCCCUGGAAAGCAGGAACAAUAACAGGUCGCUUUUAUGGCCACCUCCCAUCCAGAAGCCAAGCCCUACACCCAGAUGUCCAUGAAGAGGACUCUGAGCUGUCAGCAGAGAAGAACAACACUGACCCUCAUUCAGAGCCCAGUGACUCUUACUUUAGGUACAAUGAGAACAACCAUGCUUGUCUAGUUUUUAGAACGACAGCAGAUUAGAUGCUGUGGGUUAGAAGCAGAAAGGGUGCUGAUCCCAGGCAGGCUCAGUGGCAGCAAUGAAAAGUGACAAGUGAUGGAGUGAAAUUAAGGGAGGAAAAGAAGAACUCCAAAGAGCAGACCCAGAACUAAGAAAGCACAGUAGGGGGCUUCCCUGGUGGUGCAGCGGCAUCAGACGCGGGUUCGUGCCCCGGUCCGGGAAGAUCCCACAUACCACGGAGCGGCUGGGCUCGUGAGCCAUGGCAGCUGAGCCUGCGCAUCCGGAGCCUGUGCUCCGCAACGGGAGAGGCCACAAUGGUGAGAGGCCCGCUUACCGCCAAAAAAAAAAAAAGAAAGCACAGCAGAAUGGGGACCUCAAGGAGCCCGAAUAGCCCAGACCAGUGAUGAAGGUCCAUGGCCAGGACAGUGCGUCUUCAGAGAAUGUUUAGAUCGUGCCAUGUGUUCUCUGCUCUGUUCAGGGAGAAAAUGAAGGAGAGGAAGCUUGUUGUUAGGCUUUCCCCACAGAAUGAUGAGCACACUCUGUGUGUAGCACCCACCUGACAGUGCCAGGGAAGAUGUGUUACCCCCGUUGCUCUUAAGCUGAGUUUUCCAUCAUCUACGACUCAGGCUGAAGGGACAAAGGGGAGCAUCUGCCACGCCAGGGGCCAGAGAUCAAGGGUCCAAGGUAGAGAGUGGAGGUCCGCCGUGGAGCUCAGCCUGUCUGAAGGGCUCUCCCUCCUCCUCCCAGAAGGGACUUUGGAGAGAGGUGGGUCCUGUGUCCCACACAUGUGCCCACGAGGGACCCAGGGGCCAGGCACCCCACCAGGCCCCCUCUGCAGGGGCUUCGCAAUCGGGCCCAUGAACCACCUGGGCCCUGAGGCUGGAAGUACAUUCCUUCCUCCCCAAGGAAUUCUGGAAUGAUUCCUAAGUGCUUCAUAACUGGAUCAUAUUUCCCCUAAAUCAACACAAAAUUUUUCUUUUUAAAAAAUGCUUAGUUCCCACUCUUUACAAAUUGAUUUUGUCUGUUCAGCUACGCAUAGGAGACCAAGAGGGGAUUCCUCAGGCCUUUGAAAUCACAGUGUUAUAGGCCAAGAAAGACCUUUAAACAGAGGGGAAACCAAAGACCCAAGAGGGUCCAGACCCCCAGCCCGUGCCGCUGCCCCCUGCUCUCUGGAGCACAUGGACCCGUCCUUUCUAGCACAAGCCCAGCCUCAGCACAGCUCUCAGCACAGGGACCCCGGCGUCCCUGUAACUAGAAAGAGCUGGACAUCCACAGGGCGGGGAAACAGCGUCACCGACAAGGGCUCUCAGCGCUGACUCAAAGCACACUUUUCUCCAGAUAUUUAGAAACCAAGCCACAAAGCUGUUCUCCACAGGCGAUCACUUUACUGGAAAAUCAGGGGCUGUGUGAACCAAGACCUCAGGCCCAGGCAGCUGAGCCCAGAUGCCCACUGGCUUGCGUUGCUCCAGCCCAAGAAGGCCAACGCCGUGGCCAGGGCCUCUGAACAUCUCCUCUCCCACUCUCCCACUUCACAGCGAGCAGGCAGCGGCACAGAGAGGGGAAGCAACUUACCCACAGCCACACAGCAAGAGGUGGCCAAGGCCAGAGCUGAGCCUGGUCGCCGCUAACCCCAGGUGGCGCCCUGCUCGAGGUCGUCCCAUUCCCCCACCCCUAUCCGUAACUUCAGAAAGAAAAGGCUCGAAGGGUGUAAGCACAGUUGUGUCCUGCGUGUGGGCUUGGGGGAGAGGUGUAAUGUGUGGGCUGGUGGGUGGGAGUGUCUGCAUAUAUUUUUUAAACUUUGACAGUGAUGCCAUAGAGCUUGUUUGCAUAACUUUUUAAAAAAAAGAAUUGAUAUUUUCAUUACUUUCAUAUAAAUGCGGUGCCGAUAUGAUAUAACCAUCAUUUACUGGUGCUUUUCAAGUGUCAUCUCUUGCUUAAAGUGGGUGCAGACAUCUGUGAUUUUUAUGACUUUCUAGCUUCCUGAGCACCAACCUCGAAGAGCUUUAAUGUGCCUUUUGAGAAGGGUGUCGCAGUGGGACCUUCGUGUGUUUAUUUUUCCUCUGUCCCCCAGAGUGAGAGAGAUGGUAAGAUGUGUGAACAUCACUGCCCAGCGCAGGGGUGUGUGCGUGCGUGUGUGUGUGUGUGUGUGUGAGAGAGAGAGAGAGAGAGAGAGAGAGAGAGAGACAGAGACAGAGAGAGAGAGAGAGGAGAGAGACGGAGGAAGGGGGAGGGGAGGAGGAAGAGAGAAACACAGGUGAGCCUGAUCAAAGCUGCUGUUACCCUCCUUAGCUGUCUCCCCUGAUGAGGGACACGCCUGCCCCAGGGUGGCCACGUCUGGGGCAGUGGGGAGAUGGGGAGAGGUCCCUGCUUGCUCUGUGGAUCCCGAGAUGCCAGCGGCUCCCUUUGGAGUCUGUUACCUGAGUGUCUCUCACUGGUGGCAGCACAGUGACCCCCAGCAAAGCCUCUUGUGUUCCCAGCCCAGUCGGGAAUGCACCCUAAUUCCCUCUCUCUUGGGAACUCAGCUAAUGGGAGUGGCGUCUUCUCUCACCCCAGUAGGAUUGUCACCCGUCUGGGUCAGCAACAGAGGAGAGGUGGUCGGGCCAUGAGCUGUGAACACAGGCCCAGCAUUAAACACAUGGGCCCUACUUUUCAGGGCCUUUCCCAGAAGCCCCACCCAGACACUUCUGUCGACAUCUCACUGGUCAGAACUGUCACAUGGUUCCUCUGCAUCUCUCAGGAGUCUGGAAACACAUCCUCCAACAAAAUGGGCAUCUCUUAGCGACAAGGAGGGGUCGAGUGGAUUGGGGUGGCGCUUAGGUGUCUCGGCCCCAGUCAUCCUGACCCUCCGUGUCUUGGUCUCCUGCUCUGUCAGCAGAAUUUGGGGGCGUUCAUCAUUGAGGUGUGAAAAUGACCUUCCACCACUGCCCCCCACCUGCCUCCCCCGGUGACGGGGGUCCCUGAGUUUUUCAAGUCCCUCUCCCUCCCUAAGGUGUCACAGCCAUUCCCUCCACACUCAGGACACUUCUAGGUCCACCUUCUUGCAAGACUUGGGAACAGGUAAAUAAACCAAAAUAAAUCAAGUGCCCCUCUUGGCCAGAGCGUGUGCAGGGGCAGCCCUCCACGCGCCACCCGUCCUGGCCGUGUAGGCUCAGGGAUAAGUUUUUUUUUUUUUUUUUUUGCGGCACGCGGGCCUCUCACUGUUGUGGCCUCUCCCAUUGCGGAGCACAGGCUCUGGACGCGCAGGCUCAGCAGCCAUGGCUCACGGGCCCAGCCGCUCCGCGGCAUGUGGGAUCUUCCCGGACUGGGGCACGAACCCGCGUCCCCUGCGUCGGCAGGCGGACUCUCAACCACUAUGCCACCAGGGAAGCCCAGGGAUAAGCUUUUUAACACUUGUGUGUCUGCAUGCAGCCCAGGAAAUUUGUAGUUGCUUUAAUUUCUUCUGGAACAUGAGUUACUCCUGGGUGCAAAUCCUGGAAAGAGAGGUUCUCUUGAGCGUCUCCAGGCUGCCCCCCUUCCCCCCAUUUUCCAACAAAUCACUGCGGCCUGGAAAGGGAACGUGGGAGGACACAGCCACAGGUGGCUCCCAGCGUCCGACUGACAGAGCCUCCAGCAGAGGAGCAGAUUCAGAGGAUUUAAAUCAUCAUUUCUCCCUCCGUUUCAAUUACAAAAGAAAGGCCUUCUAUUCGUCAAAGUAAGCAGAAGGGGGCAUUCAUUUUUAAAAAGAAAUUAAAAAGACAAAAGCUCAUGGUUUAAAAACAGAUCUUAAAUCAGAGCACCCAGAGCCUGAAAGAACAGUCAGCCAAUUCAGCAUCCUCCAGUGCCUGCCUUUUGGUUGUCCUAGUAAUGUGACAGCUGCUUACAGGUUGGUACCCAACCAGCUUGUUCAGACAGGGGGCGGUAAUCAUACAGAGGAACCUCAGUUUCCCCGAGGGUCCCAGGCUUCCUUUCAGGAAUGCUUACUCCUAAGCUCAGCAACCAGAGCACAGGGUGGCAGCCCCUCUUCCUAUUCUGAUGGAAAUGGGAGGGAAGAAACAAACUGAGGACCUGCAAGAUGGCCCUGACUCCUUCCAGAGCCCUCACCGUGGGAUCAUGGUCUUGUUUUUAGAUGCUGAAACCAGAGCACAGAGAGGGUUAGCAACCUGCCUAAAAGCAACCGGCUUGUGCGUGAGUGGUUGAUUUGGGGCUUGUACCCCGGGUUGAUGGGCUCCAGGCCUCUCCGUGGAACUCCAGCCUCAGCUGCUUUUCUUUCCUUGGCAGGCCUGGGCUGCUGCUACUUUGGCAGCCGGUUAGCUAGUUGAGGGUAAUGUUCCAGAGGAAGGGUCGCAAGGCUUCUUUCUGAUGCCCACUCCCCCGGAGACAUGACAACACCAGGGUGAUGUGCCAGGGGACAGAGACGGGGUGCUUACCAUCCCCUGGAAAAACAGAAAUAGACCUCCUCUUGCAGGGCAGCUGGAGGGCAGAGUCGGCUUUGGGAUGUCGCUGCCUGUAGAACAGUUCUGAUUCCUUCCACUGGAGAAAAAAAGAGGCAUUUCUCUCCAGAGGCAGUGGCCUUGCAUGUUCUAGAGUUUUACAGGCGAGGAACAAGUGGACAGAGGAAGUUUUGUGUGCAUGUGGUGUGUGUGUGUGUGUGUGUGUACACAUCUAUGUGCAUGUGUGCAUGUGUGUGUAUGUGGACUACGUGUUCAUCUCCACCCAGAAGCACAGCUACGCAGCCCUUGUUUCCAGUCCUGGGCUUCCGGGCAGCAGAUACCACCAGCCUGUGGUCUCUGGGACCCUCAGGGUGACCAUGCUGGACCCAGGAUGUUUCCCCUGGUUCCAGCAUUUUAUGCCUCUUAUGGAAGCAACUGGUUGUUCCCCCUGCUGUUCUCCACACAAAGGGAAGGUCAGCUGACCCCCUGAGGUCUCUGCCAUCUGGAAACUCCCUCAGGCUGGUUUGGAAAAACGAUGCCCUCUCUUUUUCUCUGGCUAGCAUACAACCUGCUCUUAGAGGAAGACUUAGCUAAGUGGGUCCUAAUUUGCCCAUUUCUCUCUUGCUCUGUGUAUCUGUCUGUGUGUUUUAGAAACCAGUGAUGUUCAAAGAUGCCAAAAACCCAGGAAAUGAUAAUUUAACAGCUUGCGGAUAAAUAUAUCUUGGUUUCUGUCCCUUUUUCUGCUCUCAACCACUGUUUCUUAAAACAUUUAUGAUCUAAAUAUAUGUGAACGUGCAGUUACUAGCUCUACAUUCUCUUUUCAUUUAUGUUUGAUUUUGUAGGACUCCACUGAGGAAGUGUCAGCUUUUAUUCUUUUCAUUUGCUUAUUUAUAUUCAUUCAUGUUUUCUUUUAGAACAUGUUUAAGGCAAGAUUUGAAUGUAUACAGGGUCAACACAAUAAUGGUGAGGGUAGAAAUAACCUGUUUAUUGAUGUACACAAUCUAUUUUUAACCAAUAAAUGGAUUGGCUAGUUUUAAAAGAUGCCUCCAGAAUCAAGAAAGAGAGAGAGAGGGAG